CAAAAGCGAAUCUUUUCCCACAGAAAGAAAGAAAGAAAGAAGCAUUAUUUGUGAACACGUAGCGAAGAAGCAAAGUCUGUCCGAGCUGAAUUCUUCGCCUUUCGGCAAUCAAUCUCCCCCUUUCCCCUCCGAUCUCUCUUCUCUCUCAAAACUUCGAUCCGCCUCUUCCUUCCAUAUCCUUCUUCAGAUCUCUAACCCUAACCCUAAACUCCAACGUUUCCAUUCCAUCCACCAAUCCAAAGCUUUCGCCUUCUUCCUACGGUAUCAUCCAAUCUCUUUACUCUUUCGUCUUACGCAUUUCCGUUGAUCUGAUUUCACCUCCCGGGAAUUGAUUGACGGCCUCUUGCUCGUGUGAUCUGUUUUCUUUCUGGUAUAGGGGAAAUGGAAUCGUCUUCGUCGUCGUCCGCCCAGCAAGAGUUCGACUACUUGUUCAAGCUGUUGCUGAUCGGCGAUUCCGGCGUCGGGAAGAGCACUCUUCUCUUGAGCUUCACAUCCAGUUCUUUCGAGGAGCUCUCCCCAACCAUUGGUGUUGAUUUCAAGGUAAAGCAUGUUACUGUUGGUGGGAAGAAGUUGAAGCUGGCCAUAUGGGACACAGCUGGACAGGAGAGGUUUCGGACUCUCACUAGUUCUUAUUACAGAGGAGCUCAAGGGGUUAUCAUGGUGUAUGACGUGACACGAAGAGAAACUUUCACAAAUUUGUCUGACAUAUGGGCCAAAGAAAUCGAUCUAUACUCUACAAAUCAGGACUGCAUUAAGAUGCUUGUCGGCAACAAAGUUGACAAGGAAAGCGAAAGGGUUGUAACGAAAAAGGAAGGCAUCGACUUUGCCAGGGAGUACGGGUGCCUGUUUCUCGAAUGUAGUGCAAAAACUCGCGUGAAUGUAGAGCAGUGUUUUGAGGAGCUUGUUUUGAAGAUCUUGGAAACUCCAAGCCUGUUAGCUGAAGGAGCCAGUGGGGUGAAGAGAAAGAACAUAUUCCAGCAGAAGCCUGCGGAGGAUGCUUCAGCUAGCGGUUGUUGCUGAUAUGGACGUUUUUGCUCUUUCUCUUCAAUCCCUCUUGUCUAGAAAUUACCCAAGGCUUUCUGCUUCAUCACCCUGAUGUGUUUUCAUGUAUCUGACGCACACAUGUCACUUUACAGUGGAUGAUUUGUACAUCAAAUCUCAGAUGGUGUUUGAUAUUUUAUCCAAGAUUCUCUUCUUUGGUUUGUCUAUGGAGACGCAUAACUGUACAUGUUGUGUUCAGUCCUCCAAGGUAGCUAGAUUUCUACGUCAUGCGAAUGGGUUGGCCUCAUGAUAUUGGGUUGGUACCAAGGUUGUCAAUCCGCGGGUUGAUCCGGACCCGGUUGAGCUAGUGGAUCAAGGGUUAAUGGGUCCCUCGGUUUAGCCUGGAAAUAUGGAACAUAUAACAUUACAUCAAAAUAACAUUUCGUACUUAGA